AUGAAGUGUAUCAUAGUGUUGUGUUUGACCGCGAGCGCCUUGGCUGAGUUACCUCGGUACAGACCAGCGAGGUUCCGUUCUCAACGCCAAGAAUUAGCUCCAACAACCACGGACACUCCCACCGAAUCUACUACGGACGUAACUGGGCCAUAUCCGCCAUCUGGCUGGAAGCCUUCAGGGGCGCCGUUCACGCUCCCUGACCCAACGGACCCGACACCCACAGACGCUGAGCCUACAGGGCCCUACCCUCCUUCUGGCUGGAAACCAGCGGGAGAACCAUUCACCCUUCCUGACCCGACGAAUCCGUCACCAACAGACGCAGAACCAUCCGGCCCGUAUCCACCGUCUGGUUGGAAACCAGCGGGACAACCGUUCGCAUUACCCCAAGAAACCUAUGGCACACCAGACAACACCUACGGACCUCCAGAGAACACCUACGGGCCUCCCGCGUCUACCACAGAAGCAGAAAAGUUAGAUGGACUUAUUGAGGUUCAGAAAAGUAUUGGAACGUAUUUCGUUUUAUUACCAAAUGGACAGUUGCAAAGGGUGGAGUUCCUCACAGAGAAUGAUAUUCAAAACAUGAAAUACACUGCCAGAUUAGAGUUAAGGGAUCGUGCGCCAUUGUAUGUAUUCGGACCUUAAGUUGUGCAUCUUAUGU